AUGUCUCCAGACUAUGUGCGCACAGGCCGUGUAUUUCGAGAGGAGAGGUGGUCAUCAGCUCAUCAUCUUGUCUACUUAAGGCAUGUCUGUCAAGGCUAUGUACCGACGCCCGCCUCUUCUUCGGGUCUCUCCUCCUUCUCCUCCAAGACGAGUCGUCCGAAAUGUGCCGUUGUCGAGGGACAACCCCCUGUGGAUGAUAGUACUGAGAAUGAGACGGCACAACUACCUCAGAUCGGCGAAAAGGCACUCCUGAACCGUCCCUUCUCACGAUUUGACAAUGUGACGACGGGUUUCUCUUCUUCUCUGCCUAUUCCCAAGGCCGGCCACCCGCUCGUCAUGGACCCGAGCCUGAUGACCCCGAGAGCUAUCAGUCUCAUCCCGCCGGGCGUGGUCGACCCGAGCGACCGCGCAACGGUGGAACUGUACUUCAGCCGACAUCCCUGGGAGCUGGUCAUGAGUUCAGAGUUCGUCAGCGAGAUGAACGCCAACGUCCUGGCCGUGCUGCAACAGAAUCCCCAGGCCACUGUCGACUCCCUCUCCGCCAUCGGGCACUCGUACAUAGCCGACUCGCCGCUCGCAGUGCUCAACUACCGAGCACGGAUCCUGUCCACGCUGCGGUCGAUGGAGCUCUCCGAGUACAGCCUCGAGGAGAUGCUGCUGAUGCUGCUGGGGCUCUGCGCGGUUGAGCUGGUGGACUGUAAGCCCAACAACAAUCCCGAGACGACCAUUCCAGCCAUCAUUGCAAACUCGGCGGCUCUCCUCUCUCACUGGGUCUCGACCGGCCGCGAGGUGUCCUCGCUGGCUCGUUAUUUCAUUCGUGCCCUGGCCCGUCAGGACAUGAUCAUAUCCCUCUUCCACCUCCGCCGGCUCUCGAUCCCAACAGAGGUCUGGCUGGACGAGACGGCCAGGACGACAGCUGACCGACUAAUGGGGUACACGACCACGCUCAUGCCGCUUCUUGGCGAACUCUGCGAGUUGGCUGAGGACAUGCGAGGCCUGCUGCAGGCCGGCCCUGUUGAGAGUCAGCAGCAGCAGCAGCAGCAGCAGCAGCAUGAGGGAGAAGACGAGGACGAGGAUGAGUUGGAGACUUCGCAGCUGAUGCUAGAUAUAUCGAGCCACAUGAACUCUUCUAACGGCACGUCCUAUUAUGACUUCGACCUCGAGUCACCACACCACCUGGUAGAUUUUGCAGACUACAUGCAGAGGGCAGAAGACCUCCGCAGGCGGAUCGAGCUCUGGAAACCCACCCUCGCACACGGCCUCUCGUUCCGCAGGUCGAGACGUUUUCUCUCCCAAGCAGCCUGCUACCGAGCCGGCGCCCUGCUCUACCUAUUCAGGCUGCUCAACCCUCCCCACCCGUACAAUAACAACAGCACUAACAUCAACACCAACAACAACGAGCCGCCGCCGCCGCCGCCUUCUUCUUUUUCUUCUUCGUCCAUCGUAGACGAAGAAGCUACAGCCAAGGCACACGAGAUCCUCAUGUCGACCGUUGCGGCCGCUCACAGCCCUGACGAGGUCAAGAUGCUCUUGUGGCCCGUGUUCCUCGCGGCCUGCGAGCUGUCCAAGGAGGAGGACAGGCAGGCCGUCUUGGAUGUGUUUGAUGCCAUCAUGUCGCAGAGGAAGACGGCGACGGUGCAGAGGUCGAGAGCCUUUAUUCUGAAUCGGGUCUGGCCCGCCAGGGACGAGGGUAGAGAGUGGAACUGGAUGGUCCUGGCGCAGCAGUAUCCGAGCGAGUGCUUGCCUAUAUGA